AUGCAAGCGCGAGACUCCGACACCUCCGAGUCGGACCCUGCGCCCGAAAGAGCUGUCUCAGCUGCAGCAGACGCGGUCCCCGUGCUGCGCCCCACCAAGGAGGAGUGGUACGGAGGCUUUGGCGCCUACCUCGCCGCUAUUCGGCCGCUCCUUGACCAGCACGGAGCCGUGCAGCUCGUCCCUCCGCCAGAGUGGCGCUGGGAGCCGCGUGCCCUCGCCGCCGACGCGGAGGUCCGGCCGAUCCGACAGAACUGCUUUGGCCGCGGCGGCGUCUUCCAAGCAGUGUACGAGCAGUCGCAAGCGUGCUCCCCACCACAGUACGCAAAGCUCUGUGCCGCCAUGGGGAGAGCCCCGGCCCCUGUCCAGCUCACCUUUGGCGGCGAUGAGGCUCCGGCAGAGGCGUGGGCCGAGCGCGUCGGCGACGCGGCGUGCCAGGCGGCGGAGGCGGCCUUCUGGCGCGGCGUCGCGGGUUGCGCGCCGCUGUACGGCGCGGACUCAGACAUCGGCUCGCUCUUCCCGGCGGCGCUCGAGCACUGGAACCUCUCCGCGCUGCCCCGCGGGCCGGAGGACGACCUGCUGCAGGAGGCGGCCGUGCGCAUGCCCGGCCUCAACAGCCCGAUGGUCUACCUCGGCGCGUGGCGAUCCUUCUUCGCGCUCCACACCGAGGACGCCGAGCUGCAGGGCCUCUCCUACCUCCACUCGGGCGCGCCCAAGCAGUGGUACAUCGUGCCGCCGGCGCACGCGGCGCGCGUGCGUCGCCUCGCCGCCGACGUGUGCGCCUCCGAGGCGGCGGAGUGCUCCCACUUCCUCAGGCACAAGCAGACGCUGCUCGCGCCGUCCGUGUACCGCGCGUCCAACGUCCCUCUGCGGCGCGCGCUGCAGACGGAGGGCACGUUUGUGGCGGGCGCCUUCCACUUUGGCUUCAACCACGGGCCAAACGUCGCCGAGGCGAUCAACUUCGCCACGGCGGCCGCGUGGCUGCCCAUCGGCCGCACCGCCGCGCCGUGCAGCUGCCGCGGCCAGACGCCCUUCGUCGAGUCGUCCUCUCUCUUCCAGCGCGCAAGGGCGGCGUGGCCCGAGAGGACGGCCGAGUGGUGGUGCUUUGUCUGCGCGUGCGGCGAGAGCGAGGGCGUCACCAACUUCGACGCGGCCAACUCGCACCCGACCGGCGAGCAGUUCGAGUGCGUGGUCUGCGGCCUGUGGGGCCACGUCGGCUGCUACGACGGCUACGCGGAGCGGAUCGCGCAGAGCGGCGCGGAGGCGGAGCUCCACUGCGUCGCUUGCCGCGACGCGUGGCGCGGCGGCGACGGGCGCGGAGAGGCGCCGCGCCUCGCGCCCGCGUGGCGAUUCACUUGCGUCUGCGGCAAGUCAGAGGGCGCGUCGGACGCGACGGUGGCGGCGGGCGGCGCCGCACCGACCGGCCGGAUGUUUGAGUGCGCUGGCUGCGGCGCGUGGUCGCACACGGAGUGCUACGACACGUACCGCGGCGUUGACGACGAGGAGCUUCCCUCGCGCAUGCAGUGCUGGCGGUGCGCCAGGCGGGGAGCGGCUCAUGGCAAGGCAAAGGGCGCCACGCGGGGAGCCACUCCCGGCAGGCCGCAGGGCAGCGCAAAUGGCAGGCCAAAGAGCGCGGCUCCAGCCAGACCAAAGGUCUCUGCCGCUUCCGAGGCGGCGAGCAAGCCGAAGGCGGCGGUCGUUUCCCCGCGCGCUGCUGCAAAGCGCAGGCGCCCACGCUGCGGUCUCGCGGCGGAGUGACGGUCGGCGUGACGCGCGGUCGUCUGCGGCCGUUUAAAGGCAGCGGACGACGACGAAGUGCCACCGACAACGUGAUAUAGGCCUCGUCGCAACCCGACGCAAAAGGAAUACCAUUCAGCCUGGGAGGGUUUGCUAAACUGUAAAUAAAAAACAAUAAUUGAUAAAC